UGGACCGAUGUGGGCGGGGAAUGACAGCUGGUAUCUAUUUGCCCGAGGCCCCUCCGCUCAGUCCUUUCCCCAGAGGAGCCGAGUGGCGGACACAGUGAGCGCUGCGCCUUCAGGCUAGAGCUGAACUUCCACAAUGGCUACAGAGAAGACAGUGCCUGCUCCACCUGAGAGCACAGAGGAGAGCGUGCUGGCCCGGCUCCUGGCCCUGCCGGUGGUCGACGGCACGUUCGCUGUCAUCGAGAGGGCCUACAGCAGCACCAAGCACGUGCACCCUGUCGUCUGCUCCGUCUGCGAAGUGUACGAGACGGGCGCCAAGGUGGCCACCAGCCUGGCCGUGCUGAGCAUCCAGCCUGCCAUCCACAGACUGGAGCCGCAGACAUGGAAUAAACCUUUACUUGUUCCAUUGCGGCCUACGGCUUCUGAGGCAGCUGCCCACUUGAGCUACGGUAAAUGCAGGAGUUUGGGUGGGUCCUUCAGCCAAUGUUGGGCUCCAUCUGGAUGCCUGCAAACAGAUGUGGGAAGAAACCCCGAGCCCCAGAGUGCGGACGCAUACGUGAAGCAAGUGGCCUGCAGAGCACAUUGGGUCAUUUUCCCAUCGCUCCAGAAAUCAUUGUCUUCUUUUUGUCCAGACAAAGACGUGUUGCAGAGCCAAGGAGCUGAUGUCUAUCCCCCUGGUCAGCAGCCAGGCAGCUACAGGAGGUUAGAAGCCCUGGCCAGCACCGUCUGGAGACGUGCCUACGAUCAGACAGCCACCCAGCUGCAGCGCACCAAGAGCCAAGGGCAGGAGCUGGUCAUGUGGGUGCCUGGAGUAGCCCCAUUGACCAGUUUGGCCAAAAAGAACUUGGAGUUUGCGGGUGGAGUUCUCCUGGCUGUCCCAAGCUCAGUGUCAGGGCUGCUGUUUGGUGGAACGGAGGAGCAGAAAGACAAAGAGAAGAAAAAGAAGAAGGAAGGAGAGCUUCUACAGAGUGAUGAAGUUCAGGGCCUUGUCUCCAGUCUGGGACAUCAGUUGCAGAAUGCCUUCACGUCAGUGGUGUCCAGUGUGAGGAGUGCACCAGAAGUCACUGUGGCCCUGGCCAAAGACACAGCCGGUGCUCUGAUAGAAACCUGGAGUUCAGUGCUGAAAAAUGUCUCUCACUACAUCCCGCUGUCCGGAGUAGCGGGGAAGGAAGACGCGCGGCCCAGCCGUGUGAGCGGAGACAGCGGCGCAGAGCCCGCGCAGGGUGAGGACCAGCCGAAGAGCAUCCCACCCGCUAGCGGGUCACCCCAGACCCCGGCGGCCCCGGGGCGGGGAGAGGGAGCCCAGCGCCCCAGCGACACCGUGGCAGCCCAGCUGCUGCAGCAGAAGGUCCUGGAGCAGAUCCCAGUCCAGCAGAGGAUCCUUCUGGGGGGGCCGGGGAUCAGGUACUCGUCCCACAGUGAGAGCAGGAGGGGAGAGAGUGCCCCCAAGUCUCCCAGUCCCACCUACCCACGCACAGUGCACACCAGCACACACCCCACCACCAAGAAGGACUGACUGUCUAUGUGCAGGAGGUUCAGUCCUCUGAAGGAGCAGCCUGUCUUAGAGAGAGUUAGCUGCGUUUUCUCUGAUCUAUCCCCAAGGCUUAUCCAGCUAAGAGCGCCCACGUCUAUGUUCAAUCUGUCCAUGUCCUGCUUCUUGCAGCUCAAUGUUUUUAGCUUCAUUUUGGAUACCAGGUGCCUGUGUGAUCUGUCGUACUGUGAGUAGGGACAGAGACUCUGCGAAAACGAAAGGUCUGUGUUUAGAAGAGCGCGUACCGUAUGUGUCACAGUUUAUAGUGCAGCUGUAGGUUUUCAGUCAUCUGUAUGUCGUCUGAUGGCAAUGGUUAUGUUAUCAUAAGCCUUCAAAACAGGAUAGAAAAAGCCAUGGGAAGUGGGAGUGGGUAUUAAGAGUGGCAGGGAGCAGGAGGAACAAUAUUUAGAAGGCUUUAGAAAUAUGAGGACAGAGCCACCUUGUCAUGAUUUACUGGAGUAUAGGGAAAAGCUGAAUUCUUUGGAGUAUGGAAAAGAGAGUGGGGAUAAAUAGAAGAGCUCUAAAAAUCAGUAGAAAUAUAUUUAAAUAGCUAUAGGUUCUAUGGAUUUUUGUCAGUUUGACACCUCUUUAUGGCAGUCUGUCCUAGAUAUUUUUGUAGAUUAAAAAUGUAUGCUGAGAGAAAUGCUGUGAACUCUGUGCUUAACAUUAAUAUUUAAAUGUCAUUGUUAGUAAUACCAUCACUGCAAGUGUUUACAUUAAUAUCCAGUUUUCUUUUGAAUUCGUGGUGUUUUUCAGACUUUCAAGUGUGAGCUUUCCAGAUAUUAGCAUGUUUGCGUUUAAUGCAGGUACAGAAGAACUGUGCACCAUUAGUGUACAGUACAACAACAUGACAGUGUGUCCCAUACCCACUUCCCCUGACGCGAUCAGUCUUACAAAAACGGAUAUUCUCUGUUUAAAAACCUUUGUGGAUGGCUCAGUGGGGAGAGGAGACAUAAUUAAAUAGACUCAAGUGAGUUUAUCUUUGCAAGAAAGAGUUUGUAGCAAACCUAUCAUAUACAGUGUAGAAACUCUUGCCUUGCAAGAACAGUGUGAAUUGGGUCAUUACCUUAAAACGCCAGGCAGCCUCUCACAUGGACAGACAGUGUCUCCAGGAGAAUCCUGAUAUCUUGAUUAUAACAUUCCUUCACAGAACACUGACAGUGACAGUCCUGGGGCUCACAUUACAUCCCAUACCAAGAGACCCAGGGCUUCACAACUCCAGCAUGACCUAACCUUGCGUGCCCACAGGUUGAGCAGGUGUGGGAUAUUCUCGAGAGUUCCCUGUGGAAUUGUCACAAUAACACCACUUCCCAUGACUCUGUUAGAGGGUUUUGUGUUGGGAAUAGGCCACAAUCUCACAGAUCAGCACUGUGUCUUCAAGUCGCUGCCUUGCAUCAGAUCAUGUAUGGCAUCAGGCAGUAUUGACCAUCCCCUUAGUUUCUCUAGUCUGGUGUGUGUUCACUGGAAAGUACUUUUGCCAAAUUGAUUUGCUGUUUCCAGUCUCUGUAUUUUUAAAUGAAAUGUAUUUCAUUUCAAGCAGUUAAUUUAAUGUAAUAAGCAGUGUUGUGAAAUAAGAGUGUUUUUCAGCACAUUAAUUGCUACAGAUGGUCUUUUUUGUUGUUUUUGUUACAAGCCACAAUUAAAUUUAUUUUCCCUACAAAGUGAAAAUGUUAUGAACAGAUAUCUAAUCAAAGAUUAAAUGUAAGUUUUCUCAAGCACUGUACUUGUGGUACUGCUUUAAAGUUCAACUUUUACUCAGAAAACAUGAUAAAAUAUUGAACGUAAUAUACAUACACUAAGCAUUUUCAGUACUGAAUAUUUGUGAAUCAGAUGUACUAGUAAAUCCUUUCCUUUUCUGCUCAUUCGUAUUGCUUUGCUUUAUGAGACUGAAUAUGCUCAAUGCAAUUAAUUAUAUUUUACAGCAACAUUCCUCUUUAAUCAUUCAAUCUAUGCUUAAUCCUUCCAUGGUCUCUACUGCUGACUUUGUGUAAGAACUCGGUAAUAAGAUGUUGGAAAAUUGUCAGCUUUUUUCUGCAAGUCCUGAUUAUUUUCACAUGUCCAACUCGCCCUGUGUGCUGAUGGAGAUCCCACCCACCCAUCUUUUUUUAACUGUGUAACAGUUGUCAGAGGAAAACCACCCAAGGACAGCAAGAAAUUAGGACACCAGAAACAUUUUUAGAACACUCUUUCUGGAACAGGUGGUGAGUGCAAUUCUUAAUAACAAAAAUAAAUAAAAAUAUUUAACAUUUCUUACUUGAUUCACAAUGUUUCUUGACAAUUGUAAGCUAAAAAGUCGAGUCUGGGAAAUUGUGUGCUUUUGAACACAAUUUUGUGUAUAAGAAGCAUUGUACUGGCAAAAUUGUACCAUACACAAGGUUUAAUUUCCGAAGGAUUAUUUAUCCAGCGUUCAUUACAGAGGUGUACUUGUAAAUGUCUCCUUAUGACAAAUUUAGAGGUGUUCAGAAUGUCUUAUUUGCAUUCUGAAAGUAUAGUUCAUAUUCAAUUUUGUGUGAAAGUCAAUUAGUGUCUUAAUUCGAUUUGCAGUUUAAUUUUAGUGUAAUAAACCUUUGUUCAAAAUAAGCCCAUUCUUUUAUUUUGUGAAAUCAUAUAUUUCUUAUGCAAGAUUCAGAUUAUUUUAAGAUCAGCUUUGCUACUGCCAAACUGAGAUAUGCUAUUCAGCUAUGGUGUUUAAAAAAAGUCAAGUAAUAAUUCUUAUAAUUAUCACAGCCUUUGAAUUUAGAACUUUUCUAAACGGACUGAGAUCUUAAAGCAGAUUUGGAAAUUGAAAGGGAUAUUAUGUUUAAACAUGAAUUGGUUCUUUCAUCUAGAACGUGAUUAUUAGCCCCACGGUAACUUUAUUGCAGUAUUAAAACCUUUAUUUUGCAUUUCCUGUAACAGAAUUUACAAAGCUUCUCAGUGUUAAUGUUCCUUUUAUGUUCUGAUGUGUAGCCUAAGGAAAUACUCCUUACAUUAUAUCUAAACUCCAGCAAUAAACCUUUAGAAAGCCUC